CCAUUUUUAUGAAGUGCCUGCUGCCCUUUUCCAAGUCGUGGACUGAAAGCACUGCUGGAUGAAGCCGCCACCAGCCCCCCCCUCCAGGGAAGGUCAUGGCAGGUAACAAAGUUGACUUCAGCGUGUUGCUUGGCCUCCGCCUCCCCGCCCGCCCUCCCGCCGGCCCUGCCCAUGAACCGGCCUAAAGCAUCCACAGUAUGUUCGCAGGCUCUGCUUGCGUGCAAGGAAACAUGAGCACGGUGGCGUAUUCAGAGUCCCGGGUGGAGCGCUGCAGGUCUCCGCUUAAAGCUGCGGAGGAGCCGGAGGUCCGCGAGUUUGGGCUCGGGACCUCCGUAGGGGAACACAUGAGCGGGGCAUGGGCGAGAGGACACUGGAUUACUGCUUUACACCGCGGACUGACUCGGGGAGAGGCCGACACCGGGGAGACAGGCGCGCACUGUGACGCACCCGAGGGGACGCUUUCGCUUUUGCGCAACUCGGGGACUAUCUGGCCAAAGAUGAACACCAUUGUGUUCAACAAGCUUAGCGGCCAGGUGCUGUUUGAGGAGAAGGCCGCCGAGGUGGAGAUGAGCAGCAGAAAUUACCUGGAAGUCAUGGACGGACAACAUCCAGACCUCCUGCCCAGCAACCAGACCAUCAGAGACAACCAGGCCAUCAGGCACCGGCGGAACGGGGGUCGUCCCGGCGGCAGCAAAGUGCGACACAAGCGUCAGGCCUUGCAGGACAUGGCGCGGCCUCUCAAGCAGUGGCUGUACAAGCACCGGGACAACCCCUACCCCACCAAGACGGAGAAGAUCCUGCUGGCUCUGGGAUCCCAGAUGACGCUGGUCCAGGUUUCCAAUUGGUUCGCUAAUGCCAGGAGACGCCUGAAGAACACGGUGAGGCAGCCCGACCUGAGCUGGGCGCUCAGGAUCAAGCUGUACAACAAGUACGUGCAAGGCAACGCUGAAAGACUGAGCGUCAGCAGCGACGACAGCUGCUCAGACGAUGGGGACAACCCUCAGAGAAGCCAGAGCGGCCCCGGGGAGCUCACCAAGCCCAUGUACCAGAGUGUCAUCAAGAAGGAGGGCUCGGCCAUGAUGGCCAUGGGGAUGGGAGCCGGCCUGCGCUCGGCCGCCGACGCGUCCUCGCUGGCGGACGACUACGUGUCUCCGCCCAAGUACAAGAGCAGCCUGUUGCACCGCUAUCUCAACGACUCGCUGCGCCACGUCAUGGUAGCCAACGCCGUCAUGGACGCUCGCAAGAGGAACCACUCGGGAUCCUUCAGCUCCAACGAGUACGACGACGAGCUGCUCUCACCGACCUCCUCCGAGGCCGAGGCGAACUUUGUUUACCGGACUGAAAGCACGGAGCACGGAUCAAGUAAAUGUGACAACGUGGGCGCGGCACCCAAGGAGAAGGCGAAGGGCAAAGACGAGACGUACUGGAAGGAGAUCAACGCCGCCAUGGCCUUGACCAACUUGGCGCAGGGGAAGGACGGCGCCUCCGGGACCACCAGCUGCAUCAUCCAAAAGUCGUCCCACAUAGCCGAGAUCAAGACUGUUAAAGUUCCGCUGGUGCAGAAGUUUUAGCUCCCGGCUGAGCCUCGUCACUCUAUGCAAACAUUUGGAAGGACGGACUUCUUUUGGGUUUUACUGCAGUAUUUCCUCCAGCGAGACUUUGUUUCCUAAUAAAUUAUUUGUAUUUUUUUAUGCUCAAUGUGCAUUUUGCCAAAGUGCCUUUGCGACGUUGCAAAGUAGAGAUUUCUGUGCCUCUUUGGAGUUUCUUAAGGUGGGAGUGGAAUCCCUGAUCAUCAAGCGCACACAACAAACACAAACAAGCGGCGUUGGUUACGCAGACGUGACGCGCCAACGCCAGCGAUAAGCCGACGAGCGCCGCGUCUCGUCCUUGGAUUGGAUUCCAUCAGCGACGGACGUCCGCCUUAUCCCAGCAAAACGUGCAGAAGCCCGACCCGGGUGAUGUCACGCUCUCCUCGUCACGUGCGCUUGCUGACAUCUGCGCGCCUUCAUGGACAAACUUGACCCCCCCCCCACACCCCCGCAGUGAGAAAGGGAUGUUUUAACUUUGCGUUAUCAAGGACGCCGCUGCCUUUUCUCCCGUCUCUACUCGCUGCAAGAUAAAAGAUGUGCAGGCUGGAAACCAAUCAAAAAGCGCCGCCGACCCCCCCAUGUCCCCCCCAGCCCUGCUUCAUCCUCAGCUGUUGAGCAUUAGAUAGAAAUUGGUGUUUACAAGAAGCUCGAGAGCGAGCUUACACGUUGGACUUUGUAACUUUUGUGUUUGUCUUCACGUGCGUACGUUGCAGCGUUUGCUCUCCUCGUGUUGGUUGCUGCUUCUCCACGCUUCCAUCAGCCUGCUGGACCACAUUUAACAACCUCUUGGUCUACCCCCCCCCUUGUGCACAACAGACUACAGCCUUUUUUUUCCCCUUCAAGAUCUUCAAGAUACUCUUUAUGUACGCCAAUAUGGAAGAGUAUUAGGGCCACACUAAAUACGUUACACACGCACACACACACACACACACACACAAGGCUGAAGGCAGAUUUUUUAUAUUUUUUUUGGAUGUUUUAAAAUCUUUUUAAUGAAAACAAGGUGGGUUUUUUUUUAGAGAUUUAUUUUAUAGUAAUACAAGAAAAGUUGUAUAUAUUUUUCUAGAAUAAAAUACAUUCGCGUUUCAAUAAACAAAAUAACCUUUUUUUUUUAUAAAAUGUUAAACAAUAGUCUUUUUUUGUUUUUUUCUUUUUUCACAAAAAAGUUGUAAAGGUCCAAGAAGAGUUUCCAAAAAAGGCUUAUGGAAUUUGUUCCUUCAUUUAAAGUUUUAAAAGAAUGAAUUAAAUCUUAUUGUUUGAUUGUUUUAUUUUUUUUUAACCAAGGUCUUAACAAAAAUAAGUUACAUAUUUUGUGACUAAAGUUUUUUUUUAUAACAAUAAGGCGGACCAAAUGUAUUUUUUUUAAAAUAGAUCUAUUUUAAUACAUUAUUUUAAAAUAAACUUAGUCUUACUAGAAUUUAUUUUUUUCAAGAAAACGUAUUCAGUAUUUUUUUAAUUAAUUUUUUAUUUCUGGACAUAAAAUGUAUUAUUGUAAUCAGUCUUUUUUUUAAAGGUAAAACAUAUUUUAAUAAGUUAUUUUAUAAGAAGUUACAAUCUUACUAGAAUAGAUGUUUUUUUUCCAUCAAAAAGUUUCAAUAAGUGAGAUUUUACUAAAUAAAAAAAAAAACUUUUUUAAGUAUUAAUUUCACAAUUUAAUUUUUUAACCGAGGUCUUAACAAGAAUAAAAUGUGUAUAUUUUUUUAAGUGUUAGCUUUGUUUUUAUUUGUUCCAAAAUGUCGACAGAAAACUGAAUGAUCUGUGUAAAACAUGAACAAUAUCAAUCCAAUGAACCCGUAUCGGCUGACAAAAUACAUUUUAAAGGGAGAAAAUGUAGUUUGACAUGCAGGAAGCCAUGCAAAUAAUUGGAAACGAGGAUAAGUGAGGUCUUUAUUUCAGACUCGUUGCUGAAGACGUGAAACAUUUCUGCCAACUGAAGAAAGCCAACAAACGAUGAUUGCUAGGAUCACAUGACACAAUAUUUCAGUGUUUUUUUCAGAAACGAUACAACUUUGUCAUUCCAUGGGAUGUAGUAGUAGUAGUAGUAGUAGUAGUAGUAGUAGUAGUAGUAGUAGUGUAUUUUUCAGCGUGGCCCUGAUGCUCGUUCCAGUAAAGCAGACUUCUUCUGUCUGUCUUCUGUCUUCACGCACAUUCCUUGCCAUUCCGUUCCCAGUUUGUAUUCUUGACAAGCCAGACUGUGAUUGUGGUCAAGGAUUUGG